GACUGGAUCGGUUGGUCCUUGGCAGUUCGUUUACCGAUUUCGUGACGAUUAAGUCGCUCAUUUCGCAAUGGAUAUUAUAAAUACGUUACCAACCCGAUUCGAAAACGGAACCUCGGCGGAAUGUCAGUUGACCAUAAGGUUGUUGGAAAUGCUGCAAAGAACGAAAUACGAAUUGGUACAAGAAAACGGACAACGUCGAUUGACCGCACCGGAAAUUGUUCACGGUGAAAAGCAACGUGUGAAAGGUGCCGAGAUUUUUCUCGGACGUUUGCCUCGUGAUUGUUACGAAGACGAAUUAAUGCCUGUUCUCGAGAAGCUUGGUCGUUUGUGCGAACUGCGAUUGAUGCUUGAUUUUUCCGGGUCCACUCGUGGUUACGCUUUCGCAUUGUUCGAAGAUUCGAAAACUGCGAGAAACGCCUGCGCGAAACUCGACGGUUAUGAAAUCAGACCGGGUCAUCGUAUCGGUGUCGUUAAAUCGGUUGAUAAUUGCCGUCUGUUUUUCGGCGGUGUGCCUAAGAACAAGUGUAAAGCGGAAUUUUCCCAAGAACUGAACAAAAUUCUCGAGGGCAUCACCGACAUUUAUUUGUAUCCGAGCGCUCAUGAUAGGACACAAAAUCGCGGCUUCAUUUUCGUCGAAUUUAAGGAUCACAGGGCCGCCGCGAUGGCUAGACGGAAAUUAAUCCCAGGAAAAGUUAUGUUAUGGAACCACGAAAUUGUAGUCGACUGGGCUGAUCCCGAGCCUGGCGAUCCUAUUGACGAAGACGUUAUGAAAACGGUUACUGCCCUUUUCGUGCGAAACUUGCCUUUAGAUCUAUCGCAACAGAAAAUUCGAGAAAUAUUUCAGAAGGCCACGAAAAUUGCUGUACUGAAGCUAAAAAAAAUUAAUCACUUUGCGUUCAUCCAUUAUGAAAACCGUAGAGCCGCCCAAACCGUGAUGGAUAUAAUGACGGAGGAAAAUGGCAUCGCUCAGUCUGAAGGCUGGGAGAUUACUUGGGCGAAACCGAUCGGAGCUUCGAAAGUUUUGGAAAGGCAACGGCGUAUCAACGAGGCAAUAACAAACGGAAAUUCGCAAAAAUGCGAUCAGAGUGAUAAGAAAGCAGCUUCAACGAAGAAGCAUAAUUUGAAACCUAAUGUUGAUUACAACGAUAAUGAGGUUACCGACGUUUUAUCGGUGCACAUGUUCGCUUUGCAAAAUUUUAUUAAAGAGAAGUUCAAUGCAUCUUGCCUUUUCAAUUCUCUGCAAGUAGGAAACUCACCGACUUUUAUAUGCAAAAUUACCAUUUCCAAAGAUUCGCAAUUUCUCUUCGAAUAUCAUGGAGAUCCAAUGCCUACAAAAGAAAAGGCAGUCAUUGAUGCUUGUACGAAGAUGUAUAAUGUCAUCACUACUACAUUCCGAAAUAGCGCGUUACAGUACAGUGAGCAGUAUCGUUUAGAACAAAAAUUAGGCAUUAAUCCUGUGGAUGAUUCACCACACUGCUGGAAUAAUCGCAUCAAUUACAGUUAAAUUAGUGACCUAUUUCACAGCUAAUCAACCAAAGAUCAUUGAUAAUAUUUAUGUAACGUAGAGAUCCAAACGCAUGAUGAUAGAUAAUGAGAAAAACUCGACACAUUUUACUGCAUUGUCAAAUCUAAUUUAAUUGAAAAUUUUAAAAAUCGCAUUGAAUUUUAAUAAAAAUAAUAUUUAGCGAUUUAAAUAUAGAAGCACAUUUUUACAAAUUGUACGAAAUAAUACGAAAUAUCAUUCCGUUUUCGUUAUGCUUCAUGAAAUAAACUUUUAAUUGUGAUAUUUACAAAAGAAAAUCAUAACGUUUGCUAUUAAACUGUAAGUUUGGAAAGAAUGAAUUUUAUUUGAAAUUCAAAAAAGCGUUUUAGAAAAUCUGGCAAUCGCAGGUUCUCUACGUUAAGCGAUAUACAAUACAAUACGCAAAUAUAUUUAACUAUCAAUAUUUAAUUAUCAAUUUUAGUAUGAUAAAACAAUGUUUCUAUACUUUUAACUAUACAUUAUAA